AUGAUUUGUGUUGAUGUGGGAGAGUGGGAUCGUGAUUUGGUUAAUGGAGGAUGGAUUGCGAGAGGAGUGGGAGCAUCAGUCAUGUGGUGGCAUUGCGGAGGGUCCUCGGUGUUGUCGUUUAGGGUUGGUGAUGCUGAGAUCUUCGGCAUCGUGGUGGUGGUGGAGGUUGUUGUUGGAGGUGGAAAGGGGGUCUGUGAUGCACGGCGUAGUAAACACCACUUGCCUCGACUAGGCUACAAUGAGGAGGGGGUGAACACUCCUCGUUACGCUGUCCUUGCUGUUACCUGUUUCGCUUCCCUCGAUUCCUUUGGUUGA